AUGCUUGUCUGGCGGCUCCUGCAUAACAGAAUCCCUACAGAUGAAAAUAUUGCUCAGAGGGGUUUAUCUUUUCCUUCAAAAAUCUCUCUCUGUCAUGGCUCUAAUGAAACUACCACUCAUUUGUUUUUUGAAUGCCCUUAUGCUACUAAUCUUUGGAAAUGGUUCAAUGCUCUUCUUCCUAUUCCUUCCCCUAUAUCUUCUUUGUCUGACUGCCUUCUUAUGCUUAAGAAAGCUUGGAGUCCUCAAGCUUUGGCUGUGCUCAAGGCUCGCUUAGUGUACAUUCUUUAUCAAAUCUGGCAGGUUCAAAAUUUGCAUAGGUUUGAAAACAAAAACAUUCAUUGGAAGACUUGUAUCUCCAACAUUAUGGCAAAAGCAGAUUUGGUUGGAAACUUGUCUCGUAAGAAGGCUGAUGGGUCUUUACAUAGCUUCUCCUUUCUUAAGUGUUUUGGUGUGAAUCUUCAUCCUCGUCCUCCCUCAAACACGAUUGAUGUCAUUUGGUAUCCUCCUGCUAGAGGAUGGAUGAAGUGUAAUAUUGACGGGGUUGCAGUCGGUUCUCCUGGUAUUGCUGCCUGUGGAGGUAUUUUCCGGGAUGAUCAAGCUAAUCAUAUCCUUAGCUUCAGUGCUUUUUUAGAAGUUGGUUCCUCAAUCAUUGUUGAAUUUCUGGCUGCAAUUUAUGCUAUUGAGAAAGAUAAGCAGAUGAAUUAG